UCCGAUUGAAAAGGAGUACUAGCCUUGUUUACCUGUUAGACUUUCAUCCUAUAUGCAAGUAGAGGAGCUUUCAAGCUUGCAUACAGACACUCACCUAGCCAUUCGUGAUGUUCCCUGCUCGCAUGUGGACGACGACAGCGCCUAUCCUGCGGGCGUCGCGUGGUACUCGUGGCCUGUCAGUCCUUGUUAGAAAUUAUCCACGAGUUCAACCACCGACAUCCAGCCUUCAUUCAAUUCCCCCACGUCGACUCUCGACAUCAUCUCCUCGACAUGCUCAGUAUACACGCUUUCCCUCAGAGGAUCAACGCCACACAUCAGGAGUGGUGAUAGAUAAUCGUAUGAAGAUAGCUAUUGCAAUUGUUGCAGUCGGAGGAGCAUAUUAUGUCGUGCAUUUAGAACAAGUCCCUGAAACAGGUAGGUGGCGAUUUAUGGACAUCAGUCGCAAGUACGAGACAAAGCUUGCACAGGCGUCAUAUGACGAGCUCUUGGCUGAAUUCCGAGGCAAGAUACUACCUUCUAAUCAUGCCGUGACACGACACGUCCAACGGGUUGUUAAUCGUAUUCUUGAAUCAUCGGACCUUGGGCACUUGCGUUCGAGCGAGCCUCGCCGGUCACUACUGGAAGCACCAGAAGACUUCUGGAGCGAAGACCCAUUCACCACUGGAAGACCUGGGGAGUUGUCCACCACAGAAAGCGGAAGUAAAGAAUGGAAUUUGCUUGUUGUGAAUGAUCCAUCCAUUGUAAACGCCAUGGCCACAUUCGGAAAUAUUGUGGUCUUCACUGGUAUUUUACCUAUAUGCAAGGAUGAACAGGGUUUAGCUGCUGUCCUUGGACAUGAGAUCGCUCACGUAGUUGCUCGACAUGCUUCUGAACGCUAUUCGUCCUCUAAAGUGUUCCUAGCGAUAGCAGUUCUUCUGCAAUCAGUCUUCGGGUUCGAUUUUGGAAUUACCAACCUCAUAAGCACGUUGCUACUGGAGCUACCCAAUUCGCGGACUCAGGAAUACGAAGCCGAUACUAUUGGCAUGCAACUCACUGCAAAGGCAUGUUUUGACCCCCAGGCUGCUGUGGAAAUGCACAUGCGACUUGCACAAUUUGAAAAGGCUCAUGGAGCAACAAGUCUGGAAUUCUUGCGUACGCACCCUGGUGCGGAGCGGAGAAUCAAACAUCUCGAGGAACUAAUACCAGAGGCCUAUUCUGUACAAGCCGGCAGCCCUCAAUGUGCAGGUAUACAGGACUCUGUGAGCCGCUUCAAGGAGUUUUCCCUUAGAUUGUAGAUUAUCCACCAGAGUUGAUAUUUUGGCGAAUACAUUCGGGUUCUGUCGCUGCGUAUCUUUUAUUUGUGCGAUUUGGAGAGUACAAAUUGAUCAGUGUUGCAAUUACUGCAAUUAUAAUUACUCAUUUGACAAUGAACGGCAUCAAAUUUGAGGUCGGAGCCCCACA